AUGUUCCAUCUACUGCUAUGGGGGAGCUAUCCUACACCAACGCAAUGCGAAGAGCUACGCCAGCGGCUGGCGCAUUAUAUGAAAGAUGUCCCCGACAUCGUGCGCCAGACUAUCUUUAAUCUUCCGUAG